AUGAAGAACUUCACUUUGAUAGCAGCUUUGAGUCUCUGCAGCAUUAGCUGGAUCUCUGCCUCAGUCUCUCAGUAUCAGACUGUGGAGGCUCAGCCUGGUGAAGAAGUCACACUGCAGUGCAACAACAUUUCAAAAUAUGAUACUCAAACAUUCUGGUCCAGACUGGUCAACAGAACCAAGAUCAGCUGCGUUGUCGUUAAGUUGAAGUAUAGUAGCAACGUUACAGCCUGUGAUGGAUAUGAACAAAGGAAAUUUGAAGUGAAAUCCGACAUCUCCACUGUCUUUCUCAACAUCAAGAAAGUGGAUUCAUCUGACUCUGGACUGUAUUACUGUGGAUUUUUGGUAAACGCCAUUCCAGUUUUGACUCCCAUACAUCUAAAGGUUAAUGAACAGUCGGAUGGAAUAGCAAUGCUGACAAGUGUGAUCCUGGGUGCUCUGACUCUUGUCCUUGUACUGGUCGUCUUUGGUCUGGUUGUUGAAAACAGGAAACUUCAGACAGCUGUUAAGGAAGACCAGAAUCCAGAGAGAAGAGGAGAGAACCUGAUCUCUGAUCAGCUGAAGGAUGCAGCCCUGAGUUUUUACCCAACAUCAGUAAGAAGCAGGAGGCCUGCAUCAGAGAGAGAAGUGGAGACUCAAGUCAUUUAUGCUGCCAGCAGACAGACUCAGAGGGGUUCAGAGUUCAGCUGAUGCUUUUAUCAUGUUAAACCUGCUGUUGUGUUCUUUGUUGGGUAGGAGGAGUUAACAUUUUAUUAUUGCAAAAACUUCAAAUAACCAAAUGACUAAAUAGCUGACUUUUCAAGUGCUUUUACUAUCAUGUCCUCCUGGUUUUGUCUGACCUUGUGACUGUCCAGAUGGACUAUUGUUAGAUAGAGGGAUACAGCAGCAGAGGAGUGAGGUUCACCUCACUUGUUUGACAGGAAGAGGCUGCACAGUGUGGU